AGUUCCUGGAGUCAAGGGCGAAAUGACGGUGUUAUGCAUGGCGAUAUAGCUAUUCGUAAUGGAAUAACUCUUUAUUGCUCUAGUUCUGUACCAAAUAAUUUGUAGAAAGUGAAACCUUUUAUCUUAUACAUCGAAGAAGAUUGAGAAAUGCUGAGGAAAACGAAUGAUGAAAGUGACCGUAAUUUAAUUCUUUAUUUCAGGCGUGAAACUAGCACGAAAUUAUUUUUUGCCCCUACAUUGAUUAGUAUCCGAUAAGUUACGAUAGUUUCAAUAGAGAGACAUGGUGGUAAAGGCAGUAUAUGUCAGCUUCUACAGAGUUUUCUUGAUUUUUAUAUCGUACAACAAUAUGAUAUUUGCGAAUGCUUUGAAAACAGAUCCUAUGUGUAGUGAAGUGGAGAUAGUGAGCAGAUCAGAAUGGAAAGCUAGACCUGAAGUCCGACAUCGUCAUAUGAAUUUGCCUUUGAACCACAUCAUUAUCCUCCACACUGUAACAACUGUAUGUAAAACUAAAUUUCAAUGCAUUCGAAAAAUUCAGCGUAUGCAGGAGAUGCAUCUAGAUGAAAGAGGUUGGUGGGACAUAGCUUAUAAUUUCUUGAUUGGAGGUGAUGGAAGAGUUUACGAAGGUCGUGGCUGGAACCAUACCGGGGCUCACUCUGUCAAUUUCAACACCAACUCUUUAGGAGUGGCUUUCAUAGGAAAUUUCAACCUAGAUACUCCAACGAAACCUAUGAUAGAUGCCGCACAAAAUCUGAUUGAAUGUGGAGUACGCAAAUAUGAUGAAUCAACAGAUUUCUGCAAUGAAGCUCAG